GAAAGGGGCGCACGCCUUAUUAGGCCCUCCCUCUUAAAUCUCAAUAACGUGUGGUUGAGAAUAAAGCGUCCUACAGCACUGAUACGAGUGUUGUUGAUGCAACGAUAGGAUGGCUGCCGCUGCCAACAGAAAGGCAAAGCACUCGAAACUCGAUCCGGUGCACAUCAAUGUUGGUCUACAGCAAGUGUAUCCUGAUCCCGAAGAGCCUUCGCUAUCACGAGACUUGACAUUAGAUAUCGUCGCCAUCCCCGGGCUGGGCGCUAAUCCAGAAUGGACUUGGGUUCGCGACAAGGUGCAUUGGUUGCGUGACAGCACUAUGCUGGGUCGCAAGAUCCCAAAUGCGCGUAUCAGCGUUUUCCAGUACCAAAGCCAGUGGUUCGGUAAAGGUAGUGUUGAUCAGCAAUUAGACAAUGUCGUUGACCAGCUACUGUAUCAACUAAAGCGAACGAGAGGCGUGUGUUUGAAUCCCCUGUGACCUCAUAUCAGAUGAUUUAUCUAAUGUUAUAUCGAAGGACGAUUGCAAGACGCCCAUUAUCUUUGUCUGCCAUUGCCUCGGAGGAAUCGUUCUGGAAAAGACACUCCUAUCAGCU